GCGCUUUACGUGAAGUCGUGAUGCCAGUCUCGCGUGAUGAGACUUGCGGCGUCCUGAUUUUCUGAAAGACAGGAGGCGGAAGCUUGGCCUUAAUAUCUUUGUGGAAGGUGGAAGUUAUGAUCCAGGGCUGUUGGACAUGUGCAUUUACGUGGAUUAGAGGGUUACUUCCCCCGCCAGCCUGCAGUUUACUGAAAGCAGGGGGCUUGGUAAUCAAAGGAGUCUGAAAUAACACUGAAAAGUGCACAGAGAUGUCAGGGCCUGGAAGCAAGCGCGUGGCGGGGGAUGUAGGUUCUUUAGGACCCCCUGAAAAGAAGGCUGCAGUGGAAGAUUCUGGAACCACCGUAGAGACGAUUAAACUAGGAAGCGUCUCUUCAACGGAGGAGCAGGAUUUGCGGACCCUUCAACUGAAAAAUAAGAAGUUGGCUGGAAUGUUAGACCAGAGACAGGCCAUAGAAGAUGAACUGCGAGAUCGUAUUGAGACUUUAGAAAGACGGCAAGCAACAGAUGAUGCUUCUCUCCUCAUCGUAAACCGAUAUUGGAGUCAGUUUGAUGAAAAUAUUGGCAUUCUCUUGGGUCGUUAUGACUUGGAUCAAGACUUGGGGGAGUUUCUGACAGAACGCAAAGCAUUGGUUCUUCCAGAGCCAGAGCCAGACUCUGACAGUAAUCCAGAACGCAAGGAAAAUGAAAGGGGUGAAGGACUCUGGGAAGCUCCUCUUUCUUUUUUGGCCACUUUGGCCAGCAGCAGCAGUGAAGAAAUUGAAUCGCAGCUACAAGAACGUGUAGAAUCUUCACGCCGUGCAGUCUCUCGUAUUGUUCUUGUGUAUGACCGACUGCAUGACCAGCUGGACCAUCUUUCUAAGAAACUGAACAGCACUGAUCCAUCUCAGAUGGAAGAGGCCAUCAGGGAUUUAAACUCCAUGCUCUCAAAUGAGAAUGUUCGGCUGCAGGAGAUUAGUAACUUGUUGCAAGAGAAACAGCAGAAUAUGUCCCAAGAGUUUCUUCAGAUGCAGUCACGAUUAGAGAGUGCUGAAUCUCGAGUUUUAGUUCUAGAUGGUCACAUUGAAGAUCUGCAGUGGGAUAUUGAUAAGAUUCGGAAAAGGGAACAGCGUUUAAACAGACAUUUAUCUGAAGUUCUUGAGAGGGUAAACUCAAAAGGCUAUAAAGUUUAUGGAGCAGGAAGCAGUCUCUAUGGGGGAACAAUCACUAUAAACUCACGCAAGUUUGAAGAAAUGACCUCUGAAGUUGAUUUAAAUAAAGAGCUGGCUGUAAAUAGACUGCAAGAGCUUGAAAAACUGAGGCAGGAUUUACAAGAAGUCACUUCAGAAAACCAGGAACUACAGGCUGAGUUAGCCAGUGCAGUUGAAGAGAAUGUGCGGUUGUCUCCGGAGUAUCGUUGCAUGCAGUCUCAAUUCUCUGUAUUGUACAAUGAGUCAUUACAGCUAAAGACUCAGCUUGAUGAGGCUCGUUCUCUUCUACAUGGAACACGGUCCAAUCAUCAGCGCCAGCUAGAGCUUAUUGAGCGUGAUGAAAUAUCCCUCCAGAAAAAAGUACGCACUGAAGUUAUCCAGUUGGAGGACACCCUUGCUCAGGUGCGCAAAGAAUAUGAAAUGCUGAGGAUAGAAUUUGAGCAGACCCUGGCAGCGAAUGAGCAAGCAGGGCCAAUUAACCGAGAAAUGAGACAUUUAAUCAGUAGUCUGCAGAAUCAUAAUCAUCAACUUAAAGGAGAGGUGUUACGGUAUAAGAGACGUCUGAGAGAGAUCCAAGGGGAUAUAAGCAAAAUGCGUUCUCGCAGUAGCAGUAGUCUUUUCCUUCUGCCAUCGCAGUCCAGCACUGAGGAGACUCGUGAAGAGACAGCUGAAAUCAAGACUGAACCUGAAGAUACAUUCGCAAAUGCUCCUGCUCCUCCUCAGCCAGAGAUUGUUCCAAAGAGGGAGGAGGAGGAGGUACAGCCACCACUGCAACAACCACAACGGGAUAGAAGAGAGAGGGAAAGGGAACGUGAAAGAGACCGUGGAAGAGAAAAAGAGAGAGGUGAUUCUUCAAAGGAGAAACCAAAGCAUGAGGCAGACACCAAGCGCAAGGACGCAGAUACAGUCAAACAGAUGAAGGCAGACCUAAAGCGAGUACAGGAGUCUCUGCGAGACAUGAAACUUCUGUUGGAUAUGUAUAGAUCAGCACCAAAGGAACAAAGAGACAAAGUACAGCUGAUGGCAGCUGAGAGAAAAAGUAAAGCGGAGCUGGAGGAGCUUCGUCUUCGUCUAAGAGAGCUGGAAGAAAGGGAACGCAGAGACAGCAAGAAAAUGGCAGAUGAAGAUGCCUUACGUAGAAUGAGAGCAGCUGAGGAACAGACGGAGGUUCUUCAAAAACGACUAUCAGUGGCUAAGCAGGAGGAAGAGGCCUUGCUUUCAGAAAUGGAUGUCACAGGUCAGGCAUUUGAAGACAUGCAGGAGCAAAAUAUCCGUCUUAUGCAGCAACUGAGAGAGAAGGAUGAUGCAAACUUUAAACUUAUGUCUGAGAGAAUCAAAUCAAACCAGAUCCAUAAGCUGCUCAAGGAAGAAAAGGAGGAGCUGGCAGACCAACUACUUACACUGCGCACACAGGUGGAUGCCCAGCUUCAGGUUUUAAGGAAGCUGGAAGAGAAGGAACAUUUACUUCAGACUAGUAUCAACACGGGAGAGAAAGAACUUACUCUCAGAACCCAGGCCCUGGAUCUGUGCAAGCGUAAGGCUACAGAGUCCUCUCAGCAAGCGGAAGAACUGAGAUCUCAGCUGGAGCUGUCUCAAAAGAAGCUGCAAGAUCUGCGAGGGGAAAUAAUUGAGAAUACUGCAAGUCGAGAGAAGGAUGCAUUUAAUUACAAAAGAGCUCAGGAAGAUAUCUCUCGCCUUCGAAAGAAAUUAGAAUCUACAAAGAAACCUGAUCUGGUGCCAACUUGUGAUAAGAUUUUGAUGGAGGAAAUCAAAGAAUACAAGGCCAGACUUACAUGCCCGUGCUGCAACUCUCGUAAGAUGGAUGCCGUUCUGACAAAAUGUUUUCAUGUGUUCUGCUUCGAGUGUGUUAAGACUCGCUAUGACACAAGGCAGCGAAAAUGUCCCAAGUGCAAUGCAGCUUUUGGAGCAAAUGACUUCCAUCGGAUCUACAUUGGGUGAACUAGUCCAGCUUGUGAAAUCAGAAACUGCCCCUCAUACACCUGUAAUGCUACUAUGUUAACUAUGUUUGUAUACAUUUUGCUCAGAAAAUAUAUAGCUGUUCUCAUAGAAGGUGUUGGUAUGCAAUAUUGUGCCAACAUUGCAAUAGUUUGUUGUUCUAAUGAAGCCCUAUUCUGAAGUCUAACAAGAUGUACUUGCUAUUUGUACCUUCAAAAAGGCAACUGCAUAUUUCAUUCCAUGUAUAGUCUAAUCUUAAAAUAGUAAUUGUUUUUACAUCAUCCAUCUGGCAGCAUGACCUGUAAUGAGCCUUAUAUCUUUACACAUCUGGUAAAUGGUGUUGAAAUAAACAGAUUGACAAGAA